CAAAAGUAAACAAGGUUAUUCCAUGUAUAGGUUGUGUCACCUAGUUUGUUUUACUCCAGAUGACCCUUAUUGGAACUGGACAUAUAAAUCAUUUGAAAAACCUUCAUGGCAAAUUUCCUAGAUAUUUGGAUUGUUAGUGUUAACAGGGACUUUCCAUAUUCUGGCUCUGCGCCAGAUUACGGAUAUUCAAAGAUGAUCUAGAAGUCAUGUAAAUAAUCUAUUUGACAUUUAGACCAAAACAAUUCCUCUCGAGUGUGUAAAAGAUUUCCCAUAAUAGGGCUUUGUUUUUGGCCCAAGGUGACGAAGAUUCGAACUUGCGUAAUAUAUCAUCGAAACAAAAUAUACACGAUAUUUGGAACGAAAUAGUAGCCUCUAGAACCUUAUCAGCGUUUCUAUAUUUUGGCCGUGCUGUUUACCCCAUGUGAUCAAUGUUUGAACUUGAGUUAGAAUAGUGACCACUAGAAUUCUAACGAACUAAAAGUGGACGGACGACAGACGAUGGACAUUCAACCCUGAGCCAGUUCAGGUGAUCAAAGCGGAAUAUAAUGUUUGGGAAUCCAGAACUAGAUAUAUUGGUAUACCAUAAACGUCCCCAUUUACGUGUUUCUAUAUUUGAUUGCGCAAUCAAUGCACAACGACAUGAAUGGUUAUAAUUGAUAUAACGAAUUAGUAUUCGGAUAUUUCUAUAUAUUAUUUUCACUAAAUCAAAAUUAUUUUCAAUGGAUCGUUACUUAAUAUUGUUGAGUGUGGUGUUAAGUUUUCGGCUGCAUUUUCUUUCAGGAUUACAUAGACAUUUUAAUCACCACAAAUGCCGGCCUGUCAACGCGUAUCUGUUCUUGGAUAGAAGCGUAGAUGAUGAUGUUGUUCGUGUGCAAAAAUAUUACAUUUAUGAGAUCAUGAACAAUACUCAUGAUGGUAGUAACAUUCAAUUAGACACGUUAAACCAUACGUCAAUAAUAACUCUGACAGAAGGUGUCAAAAAUAAAGAAAACAUGUUAAAAUGGCCCAAAAUCAUCCACUUUUUUCCCAAAGGGACGACGGGUGUAAUUUCAGCAACGAGUUUGAUAGAUUCUAUAUCAGUCUAUCAAAGUAGAAACACAAACGCACCAAUACAGUUGUUUCUUGUGGUAAAUAAUGAAACAAAAGUGGAUGAUGAAGAAAAACUAAUAGAAGGACUUAAGAGUAUGAAAGCGUUUAUUGUUUAUUAUGGGGAGAAAAGUCAGUCUACCAAAAUAAACAAAAAAAGUCCCUCUACAUUUUGGUUUUGUCUUGCCACAGAUGAAAACCACUUCAUAAACUUUAACGAUGAUCUAAAUGCUGACAUACUGUCGUUUCUUCGCUUAUCGUGUCAAGACUCAAACCUAAAGUGCAACAACGACAUGUUCUGGAACAGACAUAUGUGUAAAAAUUGUACUUACAUCUGCUCUAAGGAGCCGUCAGAAGAUCCGCAAUUUUGUAGGGACUCUUGUCCAUAUUUUCGCGAAACAAAGGACGAACUCAAGUGCAACGGAAGUUCAAUGGUGACUUCUUACAAACAUUUUCGCGAAACAAAGGACGAAAGCAAGGAUAACGGAAGUUCAGUGAUGACGCCUUCCAAUAAUUUUCGCAAAACAAAGGACGAUGGCAAGCUUAAGGGUAACGGUAGUUCAAGGAUGCUUUCUUGCAGUAUCAUGACCUAUUUGCUAUUGUGGUUGGUAGUUUGGUUAUAUUACAGUAUGUGACACAGUAGUAUUCAUUUUUCGAGCGAAGUAUUCGAUAACCAGUUAAGUAUACAUAAUGAAUUAUGAUGCUAUGUACAGUGUCGGUGUGGCUUUAAAUACAACAAGAAAUGAUGGUAAAAAAGCUCAAAUGAUUAGAAGAACAUGUUAAU